AUGAGAGGUCUAUACAAUACGCUGGCCCCCAUCUUCGUGCCCGCCACACGUGUCCACGUGCACGUGCACCACCGUGUCUGUGCGCCCGCACAUUGCAGGCGGCAGAGGGAGGCGGGGGCGGUGGAGGGCGGCCCGACUGCCUUUGAGAGCCCUUUGACUUGCACCGAUGCAGGCAGACUGCUUAUUGCGCUGACCAUCGAUGCAUCGCGCCUG